AUGCGACCACUAUUGCCCCGUCAAACCCCACCGCCGUCUCCGGCCAUGAAGACACGUUCACCAUCUUCAACCAGGGUCUCCCGUAAAAGAUCCAGAACCGUGAAUCCAAGACGUAGAUCAAGAACCGUGAAUCCAAGUUUCGCUGAUCUUCCAUCAAGUCUUGUUGAGGUAAUAAUGUCUCUGCUAGUAUUGAAAGACAACAUCCGAGCAUCUGCUGCUUGCAGGUCAUGGCGUGAAGCUGGUCUAUCUGUUCGUGUAGUCGAAAAACAUCCUUGGCUUAUGCGUUUUCCUAAACGCGGAAACUCUUUUGAACUCCGUGAUCCAUUGCAAUGGAAGAAGCACUACACUUUGGAACUGCCAGAGCUAGCUGGCUCCACUGUGUGUUACUCAAAAGAUGGUUGGCUACUCAUGCAUAGAGCUAGCUCAAACGACAUCUUCUUCUUCAACCCGUUUACUCGGGAGCUCGUAAGCUUUCCCAAGCUUGAGCCGUCAUUUCUGGAUAUUGCAUUCUCCUGUCCUCCUUUGUCGGAUAACUGUGUUGUGCUAGCGUUAGAUUACAAUAGGCUAGGUCAAGAGAGAAUGAUAACUAUCAGUACUUGCCUUCUUGGAGCAACAGAGUGGAUUACUACUACUGAGCAAUUCCUUGAUGGUUCUCAAGUGUGUUAUAAGCUGAGCAAGCUUGUCUAUGUGAAAGAUCGAUUCUUUUGCUUUGACUGCUCUCACGGAAGUGGAGGAUACUGCAUGUAUACCUUUCACCCGCCUUCCAGCAAAUGGAUGUCUUAUGUUUCUCCUUGUCUCGGUCGCUAUGAUCAGCGGCGUUAUCUGUACGCGAGUUCAGUUUAUUUGUUCGAGAAGGAAGGACAGCUCAUUCUCAUGCAUACAAGCGGUAAUGACAACCCAAGGGUGUUUAAAUUAAGCUCUUUUGGACGGUUGGAGUUGAUGUGGAAGAUUGAGCGUGAUGCCUUGACAUUGUUUGUCAGUUUUUACAACUCUGAGUUGAGAACUAAUCUCCCAUGGAUGAGGAACAGUGUCUACUUCUCAAGGUUUGGUCACGGUCGCAAGCGUUGUGUAUCCUACUCGUUUGAUCAAGGCAAGUACCAUCCGCGUAAUGAAGAGCAGAUCUGGCGACAACGAUGUCCUCCUCAAAGCAUUUGGAUCAAUCCCCCCAAGAACGUUUUAAACUAUUUGUGA